AUGUUCUCUCCCUGGAAGAGGCCGGUCUUCCUGUCUGUCCAUGAAGAGCCGGUGCCCACCACGGCCUUCUUCAGGUCCCCGUGGAUGGCAUCGCGGGCCCUCCUGGCGCUCCAGCCCUCCAACCAGAGCCAGCUGCUGCCCGCCAACGCCACCUCCUGUGAGGACGAUGCCCGGGAGGCCUGGGACCUGCUGCACCGGGUGCUGCCCAGCUUCAUCAUCGCCAUCUGCUGUGGCGGGCUGCUGGGCAACCUCUCCGUGCUGUCCGUCUUCCUCCUGCCCCGGCGGCGGCUCUCCGCGGCCGAGAUCUACCUGGCCAACCUGGCCGCCUCGGACCUGGUGUUCGUCCUGGGCCUGCCCUUCUGGGCCCAGAACGUCUGGAACGGGUUCCACUGGCCGUUCGGGGACGCCCUCUGCCGCGCGGUCAACGGCGUGAUCAAGGCCAACCUGUUCAUCAGCAUCUUCCUGGUGGUGGCCAUCAGCCGGGACCGCUACUGCGCGCUGGUGCACCCCGUGGCCAGCCGGGGGCGGCGGCGGCGCCGGCGGGCCCAGGUCACCUGCCUGCUCAUCUGGGCCGCGGGGGGCCUCCUGAGCGUCCCCACCUUCCUGCUCCGCGCCGUCAAGGCCGUCCCGGACCUGAACGUGUCGGCCUGCGUGCUGCUGCUGCCGCCCCACAGGGCCUGGCACUUCGCGAGGAUGGUGGAGCUGAACGCGGUGGGCUUCCUCCUGCCGCUGGCCGCCAUCGUCUUCUUCAACUGCCACAUCCUGGCCUCCCUGCGCGGGCGGGCGGCGGGCGUGGUCAGGGGGGCGCGCCGCGGGGGCCCCGGGGAGGGCAAGCCCACGGCGCUGAUCCUCACGCUCGUGGCUGCCUUCCUGAUGUGCUGGGCCCCCUACCACGUCUUCGCCUUCCUGGAGUUCCUGGUCCAGGUGCAGGCCCUCCGCGGCUGCUCCUGGGAGAACGUCACCGACCUGGGCCUGCAGUGGGCCAACUUCUUCGCCUUCAUCAACAGCUGCCUGAACCCGGUCAUCUACGUCUUCGUGGGCCAGCUCUUCCGGACCCAGGUGCGGGAGCUCUAUAAGACGUGCGCCCCGGGGAGCGUGGCGGCCAUGUCCUCGUCCCAGAGGAAGAGCAUCCCCCAGCUCUUCUGGCGGAAUUAA